AUGGUGGCUGUUCUUGGUUGUCAACUUGACUAUAUCCGAAAUGAGCUACAAUUCAGAAAUGGAGGGCCCACCUGGGAUCCCGAUCUUGAGACCUCAGAGGCCAAAAUAAGGCUGCAAGAGGCCAGCGAGUUCCCGCCAGUUCACCCAGAAGGGCGACAGCCCUACUGUGGCUCUGUGACCACUGACAAGGCUGGCCACCAUUUGGCCCAUCCUGCCAAGACCUGCCAAGAUGUCCAUGGAUGCAAAGGGUUCCAGUUCCAAAACUGGGCAAAGACCUAUGGCUGCUGUCCAGAGAUGUAUUACCAGCCCACAUCAGUGGAGGAGGUCAGAGAGGUGCUGGCCCUGGCUCGGCAGCAGAACAAGAGAGUGAAGGUGGUGGGUGGUGGCCACUCCCCUUCAGACAUCGCCUGCACUGAUGGCUUCAUGAUCCACAUGGGCAAGAUGAACCGGGUUCUGCAGGUGGACACGAAGAAGAAGCAGGUGAAGGUAGAAGCUGGUAUCCUCCUGGCUGACCUGCAUCUACAGCUGGACAAGCAUGGCUUGGCCAUGUCCAAUCUAGGAGCAGUGUCCGAUGUGACGGUUGCCGGCGUCAUUGGGUCUGGCACUCAUAACACGGGGGUCAAACAUGGCAUCCUGGCCACCCAGGUGGUGGCCUUGACCCUGAUGACAGCUGACGGGACAGUUCUGGAAUGCUCCGAGUCAAGCAACGUGGAUGUGUUCCAGGCUGCCCGGGUGCACCUGGGCUGUCUGGGCAUCAUCCUCACCGUGACUCUGCAGUGUGUGCCACAGUUCCACCUACAGGAGAUCUCCUUCCCUUCAACCCUCAAGGAGGUCCUGGACAACCUAGACAGCCACCUGAAGAAGUCAGAAUACUUCCGCUUCCUCUGGUUUCCCCACAGUGAGAAUGUCAGCAUCAUCUACCAAGACCACACCAAUAAGCCCCCCUCCUCUGCAUCUAGCUGGUUUUGGGACUGUGCCAUCGGACUCUACCUAUUGGAAUUCUUGCUCUGGAUCAGCACCUAUUGGCCAUUCCUCGUGGGUUGGAUCAACCGUUUCUUCUUCUGGCUGCUGUUCAGCCACAAGAAGAAGAGCAGCAACCUCAGCCACAAGAUCUUCACCUACGAGUGUCGCUUCAAGCAGCACGUCCAAGACUGGGCCAUCCCCAGGGAGAAGACCAAGGAGGCCCUGCUGGAGCUGAAGGCCAUGCUGGAGGCCCACCCCCAUGUGGUAGCCCACUUCCCCGUGGAGGUGCGCUUCACCCGAGGUGAUGAGAUCCUGCUGAGCCCCUGCUUCCAGAGAGACAGCUGCUACAUGAACAUCAUCAUGUACAGGCCCUAUGGCAAGGAUGUGCCUCGGCUGGACUACUGGCAGGCUUAUGAGACCAUCAUGAAGAAGUUUGGAGGCAGGCCCCACUGGGCAAAGGCCCACAAUUGCACCAGGAAGGACUUUGAGAAAAUGUACCCCGCCUUUCGAAAGUUCUGUGACAUCCGCGAGAAGCUGGACCCCACUGGAAUGUUCUUGAAUCCGUACCUGGAGAAGGUGUUCUACUAA